AAGCAACACAUAAACUAAUGCAGGGCAACCGGACAGAGACCGUCAUGUUCAUCUCCGUGAUUCUGGGGCUGCUGGUCUGCACUGAGGCACGAGAGAUCAGUGCUGGGACUGUGUUUGUGCUGAAGGGAGAGGAUUUGCUUCUGAAUGUCACCAAAGCUGUUGUUCUUCGGGAUUUAGAAUAUUUUUCUUGGAGAUUUAAUAAAAAUAACGUUUUAGUAACAUUUACUUCUGAUAAAAAAAAAGUGUUUAAUGAUUAUACCGGGAGAAUUGAAUUUACUGUGAACAGUUACUCUUUGAAAUUGAAGAAUCUCCAAGAGGCAGACAGUGGAGUUUAUACUGCUGAAGUGACAAAAGGUUCAACAGAAGUACUAACAGAAUACAACGUCAAAGUUCAAGAUCGAGCGUCUCUCCCUCUCCUCACAGUGAGCUCUGUCUCUGAUAGCUCUUCCUCCUGUAGCUUCACUGUGACCUGCAGCUCACAGGACUCUCACAUCAACAGCACUUUCACAUGUGACACCAGAACCUGCAGUCAGGAGGGAGGAGAGCGGUCAGAGGGGAUCCCUGAUACUUUUCUCCAGGUCCACCAAUCAAGUGGAUCGAUCAUCUGUAACCAUAGCAACCAUGUCAGCUGGACCAACAACACCAAAACAAUCAAAGAUGUCUGCCACCAGCUUGUUGAUCCAGAGGGGUUAUCUGUGUGCCUGGUGAAGACGUGUGUGUUCUCUGUGGGUCUGAUCAUCAUGGUGUCUGCUGUCAUCACGGUUCAUCUCAUGGAGAAGCUCAACAAGAACAAAUAAACUCAUAGCUCUGGUUCCCAACCGGGGUUAGGGGGACCCCUAGGGGUAGUUGGGGGGAUUGCAGGGGUACGUAGAAAGAUUAGGGAUUGCAAAUUAUUUACACAAAAAAAAAACAUUUUCAAAUCAAUUUUCAUAAUGCUGGUGUCCCGCCUCCAGACUUGUUGCAGUUUAUGAAAGACAGGUGAGCUCAAGUGUCUAAUUAAGAGCUCUAGUCUUUGCAAAAUAUUUUGAAACUGCUAGAAGUGAGUCUUCAUUUUAUUACGUUCACUCACAAUAUGUGUAAAUGUCAAGUUUAAAUGCAUUUAUAUUAAGGGUGAGUUAUAGAGUUACAAAAAGAAAAUGUAGGUGAAUCAUCCCAGCUGAGUGACGGGGUACCUACUAAAUAUAAUAAUAGUAUAGAAUGGCGACCAGCUCAAAGUCGGGAACCACUGCUACAUGCAAUCUUACAUAAACAGUAUCUCACACUCUUUUAUAGAAAAACUUAGGAAAGUGGGUUUUUUGACAAUUGAGUCCCUGUUUUAUUUCUGUUGUGCAUGCAGAAGGCCUUAGGGGUAUGCAUUUUGGCUAGUACAUCUUGAUGUAAUUAUUGAUGCUUUGCAAGGAAAACACAGAAGGCAGCUUUCAAGAAAAUGCUGAAUAUUCGUGUUAAUCCAAUGAUUAUAUCAAGUAAUCUGUUUGUAGGUCAAAUCAUUUUGUUGCCUUCAGAUUACCGAGAUUUCAAAAAACACAAAUAACAUUUUUAUUUGUAUGAUCAAGAUUUAAAAAAAAUAUUUAGUUUUUCUUUGUACAGUAUGUUUUAUGCUUGUUUACAUUUUUGAAUGAAAGCAUACAUGCACCAUUUAAUAAAGCUGUUUUAUUCUUAUAUCUUUCGUUAUCUAUAUGUGUUAAUGCAAAUGGAAAAAUUACUCACACAUAUGUUUUUGAUUUUUUGUGACAAUGUGUUCCAUUACAUUUACUAAUUACCUAACCAUCAGUAACCUACUGUAAGUAUCUGAUAUUCAUAUAACCUAAACUAAUGACUUUCCAUUACUUUGGGGACAAAUCAAUAUCAAUGCAAUGCAAAUAAAUACAAUAAUUGAUUGUAUUGUAUUCAGUACUGAAUACAACUAAGUGUUAAAUGUAACCUUAGAAGCAAAGAAAAUAAAUAUAUAUUUUUCAUCAAAAA